CGGAUUUCUAAUUUAAAGAAGAUAAGACAAUUUACGGGAGAUUAUGUUGCGUUUGACCUGCAACAUUUUCCUCGGCACUUCUCUUUCGCUAUCUUAUCGUAUCUCCCGCAAUUACAUUAUCGAACGUUUUCAAUAUGCAUACACGUGCCGGCGUUUACUCUGCAAUAUUAUAAUAGAAAAGCAUUUGUCCCGCUUAGCGGAAAUUUUAGCCGUUUAGUUGGUCUCUCCGAUCUACCGCGUUAUAAACUCGCAUUGCUCCCGUGUAAGAGGUGCGCGACAAAAUGAAAUUAUCGUUCUACCUGACAUGCUCAAUGCUACUGUUUGUUUUCGUGAGCGAGAGCUCGGAGACGCACUUCAACAUAAGCGGGUUCGUCGAUGUGAUACUGGACCUGCGGAAAUUUUAUUCAGCGGCGAGCGUCAUAUUUACUCAUCCUAGCGAUAUGUACAACGAGUACGGAGAUUUGGAAAUAACACACUUGGUGCAUACGUGUUCUGCUUUGCUGGGACGACACUAUGUAUACACUUUGAACAUCCACUUCAAGAACAUACGCAAUUCGCUGAGAUAUUAUCAUAAAAUAGUACAGCCACUCAUUAUCGUUAUCCUGCCGAGUUACAGCGGAUUUUUGGAGUUUGCGGAAGCUACCAAAAACUACGUCAUGUCCUUCCCGGUGUGGAUCGUCUUGUUCCUCUACAAACCUGACAACAAUACGAACGAUUACUGCCAUAACCCGAUCGGUAAUCCCUUUAAUCUGGCGUUUGACACGCAAAUGUUGGUCAUCUGCUAUAGAGACGAAAUUCUGCGGGAAUGGUACUCGGUUAAGGGCGAGACUACCAAAGUCUUCAACCUGGCGAAGUGGAUAGACAACAAGGGAUUCAUACCCUUAACGAAAUUGUCCCUUUACGAUCGGAAGAAGGAUAUGGAAGGAGUUGUCUUGCGAACAGUCACUGUCAGAGAUGUUUCAACGAAACAAUUCACCGAUGACAAUUAUGUGGCUGGUUUGUAUGGUAAAGUACUAGGUGAGCUCACGCAAUCUCUUAACUUUACCUUGAAAUACGUAUCGGAUGAGCACGAGCAUGGCAUGUGGAAUAACAAAACUCAAAUAUGGUCUGGAGUGAUGGGCGAGAUCGUGUCAGGUCGCGCGGAUUUCGCUAUUGCUGAUAUGUCAAUGACGAGUCUCAGGGUUCGCUACGUCGAUUUUACGCUACCCUUGAUAAUAUCUAGGAACAAUCUGUAUAUCAGGGAGCCAGGAAUUUGCGGCGUUAAAUGGCGUGGUUAUUUACAGACCUUCCGUACACACACUUGGAUCGCGACUCUCGUGUUAAUAGCGGUCAUGCCGCUCCUGCUGUGCUUCAUGAAGAUAUGUCAUGGAUCUCGAAACAUCACGAAUAUUAUUUCUGACAAUUAUAUCUAUACCUGGGGCAUCUUUUGUCAACAAGCUCUUACAGAGUUUCCAAGGCCAUCAUCGCUACGCAUUGCGUACUUCACGAUAUUUUGCACGGCAAUAGUGAUAUCGGCUUACUAUUCGGCGGCACUGAUAUGUUUUCUAACAGCAUGUGUUCCGGUUCUACCAUUUCGCACGAUAGAUGAAUUUAUCGAUGACGGAACCUUCAAACUAAUAGUUCCACGCGGUAGCGCCGACUACGACAUAUUCGUUACAUCGAAUGAAUCUUUCUCCUUGAAGCUAGCGAGACUGAUGAAGAAGGAAACAGAACUGCCGAAGUCUUUAAUCGAUGGUUUCAUGCAACUAUGUAAAGAUAGGAAGCUCGCUUAUCUCGUGCUCAGUGCUUUGAAGAAGAGCGUGGAAAUGAGGAUUCCAUGCAAGUUGUCUGCUAUUCGCACCGAGAGAAUAGACAACUUAGGUAUGGUUCUGUCUAAAGGUAAUCCAUACACGGGCGUGAUAAACUAUCAUCUGCAAAAAUUUUUGGAUAACGGUAUGAUGAUGCGUCUAAAGGAUACGCGAUUCUUGAUGGGAUCGGUUAAAAAUAAGGCUUAUCGACCGGUCCAUGUGGUUAACGUUGUCCCGAUUUUAUCAAUACUCUGUAUGGGGAUUAUUUUAAGCGUCGAUCUGAACAUAACAACAAUGGUACACACUUGGUCGCGCGAAUUUUCGCGGCGGGGUGUCAUGACCGUGACUUCUACUUUCCUGAGCUUGGUAACUGAUUACAAAUACUACAAAAAUAUCGUGCGGCCACUGUUCGUCAUUCUUCUGGACAGCAAGGAGAGCAUCGACGGUUUUGCUAAUACCACGAGGAAUUUAAGAUCCAUGUCCUCUCCCGCUUGGCUUGUCUUAUUCCUUCAGUUUUCCGGGUCCUCUCUCAAUACAUCUUGUAGACAUCCUGUCGACAAUAUAUUCAACGUGAACUUCAACACCAAGAUGUUGGUCCUUUGCUACGACCAGCCAGUUUUAACUGAAUGGUACGCUGUGAACGAUAAUCAUACCAGGACAUCAGAGUUGGCCACGUGGAGCGCUGAUAAGGGUCUAAUUUUAAUAAAACGAAAAAGUUUCUACUCCAGAAGGGAUAAUCUGUUCGGCAAGGUUGUGCGCGUGGCAUUCGUAUAUACCGCCAAGAAUCCCAUCUUAGUAAAGAUGAACGCGACGAUGAAGGAGAAGGAGCAGUUGCCGCUCGGACUGACGAACGCAUUCCAGCAAAUUUGUAAGGAGAAGAACGUAGCGUUUUAUACGGCAGGGGCGAAUAACGUCGUGGAGGUGCAUUGUAAAAUCGUGUCUAUCGAAACCGCUGAGACAGACAGCAUGGCGAUAAUUCUUCAGAAGGGAAGUCCUUACACUGGCAUCAUAAAUUACCACAUACGACGAUUUCUGGACCACGGUGUUCUGAAUAGAAUGAAAAAGAAUUAUCUCUCAAUUGUCAAUUCGCCGGAGGUCAAGCACAACGAGGUUGAAUUAGAUGAUGUAGUGCCGCUUCUAGUGAUGGUGGCAGGCGGUAUGAUCCUGGGAAUAUUUAUUCUGAUGCUCGAGAAAGCGUAUUACGUUUUCAAGAUUAGGCGCAAGAACGGCUUCAUUAAGAAGCCGAGCGAUAAAUUUGAUGUGAAACUGCGAUGGGGAAACACCCGAAAAAAUUUAUGGCUUCAACGAUUUUACGGUAUACACUACGGAAGAACGAUCGGCCAUUGGCCGUAAAGUUGUUGAAAAAUAGGAGACUCUUAAGAAAUUCCUACACGCAUCGUUGAUACUUAUCACAGUAAUAAUUACACUUCAG